ACGUUGCGAUUGGCCCAGUGUCUUUCCUUAGCAGGGACUCGGCGUUUCUCUCUCUCCCUCUGUGAUCAGUGGGUGAGAGGGGGGAGACGAGCAACACGCAACGGAGAUCACGGCGUGCGCCUCCGUCAUCAUCUUGUCGACUCUUCCUUUCAUCUCACCACCGGUCCUGGAUCCCCACAGCCUCGGUCCUGGAGACGCCUGAAUCUGCAGCAGCGCACGAUCUGCUUUAUUUCCAGCCUAUAUCUGAAUGACGGGCGGAAGGUUUGACUUCGACGACGGUGGCACUUACUGCGGGGGGUGGGAGGAUGGCAAAGCCCACGGACACGGCAUCUGCACCGGACCCAAGGGCCAGGGCGAAUACGCCGGGUCCUGGUCGCACGGCUUUGAGAUAGUAGGGGUGUACACCUGGCCCAGCGGGAAUACCUACAAGGGCUACUGGUCCCAGGGGAAGCGACAUGGGCUCGGCGUGGAGAAUAAAGGGAAGUGGAUCUACCGCGGAGAGUGGAGUCAUGGUUUUAAGGGUCGAUACGGUGUCCGGCAAAGCCACAACACACCUGCUAGAUACGACGGCACCUGGAGCAACGGGCUGCAGGAUGGAUACGGAAUCGAAACCUACGUUGACGGCGGUACCUAUCAAGGCCAGUGGAUGGGUGGAAUGCGGCACGGUUACGGCGUGCGUCAGAGUGUUCCCUAUGGUAUGGCCACUGUUAUCCGCUCUCCUCUCCGCACGUCUCUGGCCUCCCUGCGCUCCGAGCAGAGCAACGGCACUGUGCUCCAGGACCUCUCCUCCCCCGCAGACACGCCGACAGGCAGCCGCGGCGGCUUCGUCCUUAACUUCCACUCAGACAGCGAGGUGGUCACGGGCAAGAAGAAGGGCCUGUUCCGCCGGGGGUCACUCUUUGGUAGCCUCCGGCAGUUGCGUAAGUCUGAUUCUCGGACCUCCAUCUCCAGCAAGCGCAGCUCUGCACGCAGUGAUGCCGCCAUGAGCCGCAUCAGCUCCAGUGAUGCCAACUCUACCAUAUCCAUCGGUGAUGGUGAGCUGCCAGACGAGGACCUUCCUCUAGAAGACCAUGUGGAUGCCACUACAACUGAGACCUACAUGGGCGAGUGGAAGAACGACAAGCGCAAUGGAUUUGGUGUUUCAGAGAGAUCCAACGGGAUGAAAUAUGAGGGAGAAUGGCUUAACAACAAGCGCCAUGGUUAUGGGUGCACGGUUUUCCCAGAUGGCACCAAGGAAGAAGGGAAGUACAAAAAUAAUGUGCUGGUGCGUGGAAUAAGGAAGCAGUUGAUCCCUCUUAAGAACCCCAAAACCAAAGAGAAGGUGGAUCGAGCUGUGGAGGGGGCACAGAGGGCUGCAGCCAUUGCCAGAAGCAAAGUGGAAAUAGCAGCUUCCAGGACGGCCCAUGCCAGGACAAAAAGCGAAGCUGCAGAGCAGGCCGCCCUCUCCGCCGUGCACGAUUCUGAAAUUGCCAGGGCGGUUGCCAGGGAGCUCUCCCCCAACUUCUACCAACCAGGACCUGACUACAUGAAACAACAGUUAAAGGAGCCUGUGGAGAUUAAAGAGGUCCCUGUAGAAAAGAAGGACAGGUCCCCAAGAGAUUCUCCCCACUUUUACCGCAAAGGUACUACUCCUCCUCACUCCCCUGCGACCAGCCCUGUAGCCACGCCUCCCCCCUCGCCUCCCUCCAGCAAGAAGAAAAGUCAGCUUGCCAACAGCAACAGCCGCAAAACCAGUAAAGAGGAAAAACCUUCACGCAAGACAAGCAAAGAAGAGAAGCCAAGUCAUAAGGGCAGCAAGGACGAACGGUCUAACAGGAAGCUGAGUAAAGAGGAGAAACUGUCCGUCACUGAUGGUCCCAAAGGUUCUCAUGCGCAUGUCGAGGCUCCAGCUAAACCUGUUAAAAUUCAGCAGUCUACCACAGCAUCCGCUCCUCCUCUGCAGCCUCCUGCAGUUCCAGUCAAUGGCGAGCUCCACAGUGAAUACCACAGUUACUACGUCAAGGCCCCUACAAGGGUCCCUCCACCCCCAGACCCUGAGGAGGAUCAAGAAGAGGAGCCAAGUGCCCUGGCCCUGGCACGUAUGCCCCCACAACCCCCUAAGUCCUUUAGCACCCCUACUCCUAAGCCAGCCUCCAUACGGGAGAGCAAGAGCGACCAUAAACUCAGGAAGCAGGAUUCCCUAAAGCCAAAGAGCCUCGCAGACACGAAGAAAGCCAGUAUGGAGAUUGCAGACAGCGUAGAAGAAACGGGUCCCAACUCCAUCCUUGUUGCUAUGGUAAUGCUGUUGAAUAUUGGCCUUGCAAUUAUAUUUGUCCAUUUUCUGACAUGAUGAUGCUCUUUCUCAGUGAAACCAUGGCAACCAGUGCAGUUGCAUCACCGGCCUUGAAACAUGAAAAUGGCGCCAGUGAGACAUGGGGGUGGCCGUAGGUGUUUAGGAAUCAACGUGGCACCGAAGAGAAUCAGGAGGAAGGCAUCAGUACCACCAACCUGCCAUGGGCCUUCUUUAGGACCAGCCCCAUGAAUUAGCACUCCUUUAGCUUCUCUAAAAGCUGAGGUGAAAUGUUGUGUCUAGUGAGAUUAAAAAAAAAAAUUAAAAAAUGCAACCAAACAUAUACUGUCUGAAAAAAAGAAGUAAUUGAAACCCACACGUGUGCUGAUCCAAGCUGGUCUCUGUAGCCCACUCCCACUGCCUUGGCAGACCUAACGGUGGGCUGAUGGACUUUGCUGGAAGAGUGUGGAGAUGCACUUUUAGAUGAUGGGAGCAAACAGCUGCCUUUCUAUUUUGCCAUCUGACGUUUUGAUGGGGAGAUGUGAGCUCGGGUGGGGUGGGGGGGCAGUCGCAGCGGGAGUGUGCUCGGGUGUACGGAGCGUUUCGGGGGUUCACACCAGUCUUGCAACAGGAAACUGGGCACGGCCGUUGCCAGCAGCCAGUGCUAGCACGGUCACUAGCCAGUCUUACUCCGUUUACCCAAUCAUCACAGCAGCUCUGUCGAGCUCCGUCCAUCGUAACACGGGAUACACUGCUUUGAAACACUCCCCUUGCAUGGUACAGUUUUAACAUUUUGUUUGUUUUCUGUUUUAUUGUAGCUUUUGUGUUUGUUGUUGUUCUCUGAAUGUUGGUUACCUGCAGUCAUAUACUCGCAGUGGAAAGGAAAUUAGUUCUCUUCCCAAAAAGGAGUAAAUCAGUUGGUUUUCCCUUUUAUUCUGAAAUUUUAAUCAUUACUAACAAUUCAGGUGUAAUUUGACAUUUGUCACAUUCAUGUCAUUGAAAGUGCAAUAUGUUAUGUUUUUUUUUUUUGUUUGUUUGUUUUUUUUUGUUUUUCUUUUCAAAGGAAAGCUUAUAGUAUAAUUUACCAAAAAGGGGGGUUGUAUCAUUAUAAAAAUCCUAUGUUCCAUUUAUUUUGUCAGAUUCUUGUAAUUUGCAUAGGUUGGCUUUGAGACAGGUUGUCUGUUAAUGGCCAGCCUUGCGUUUAGUAAGGAGGUUCACACUAAAAGCUAUCCAGCUCUGUGAGAGUGAAGUAAAAAAAUGUCUUACGUUAUUUAUUAGAUCACAAUGAAAAAUCUUUCAUGUCCAUGCUUAGACCUUUUUGCUUGUAUUCCCUCAUUCUAGUCAUUGCUUUCAUUGUUUCAGUAUAAAAUGCAUAGACACAGUUCACACGACUGCUUCUGCAGGCCCAGCAGUGCUUGCACGUUUUUGAGACUGGAUCAAAACAGUCUCGUGGACAGUGGAAGUUGAAUUUAUUCAGGUUGAGGCCAUGGGGAAUGUGGCACCAGGGACAAGGAGAGACGCCUUUAAAUGUCUUUAACAGUACUACUGUUUACCUCAGAAAAAGAUGAGGAAGGAGAGGGAGGGGAAGAGAUGCCAUCCUUGUCUUAACUUCGUAGUGUGGGGGAUACUUUGACUGUUGUCAUCAUCUAAAUCCUGCUUUGAACUUGCCUCAUCGUAGCUGUUUGUAGUCUUUGUUGCAGGUAUGGCAUGAGUUUCUUUCUUCGAUUUUUUUUUUAAGUGGUUAUAUAUUUUAUAUGGUUGACAUUUACUUGUCAUCACUAUCAGGAUUAAUUAUUUAUUAAUUAAUUAAUUGUUCAACUGAUGCAUUUGUGGACAUUGGUCAUCAUAAAAAGGGCUUUAAUAUGGCUGGGUUGUCUUUGCUCAAAUUCACUUUUGAGGUCUAACUUGACUAUAUUGCUGGUUACACAACGAGCAGCAUGUAUUUCAUUGUGCGAAUGCGUCAGUCAGUUAGAUGUCAGCAGAUUGUCCAUAAAACUACUGGAAACUAAUUUAAUUCUAUUCAAAACCUGGAAUAGACAAUAAACGCAGUCUAAGACACAAAUGAUUCAAAAAUCUUGUUGUAUUACAGAUGUGGUGCAUUAAUUAACAACUUUCUCCCUUUCUUUGCUACACCCUCUUUUUCUUGUUUUAACAGUCUUCACAUGAGACUGGAGUUUCAGAGGGUUUAACAGAACAGCCUGUUUAUGGAAUAUUUUUUGAAAUGCAAUGUUGCAUGUUGGAGUCGUUUAUAUAUAGAUUAUUAUAUACUAUUUGUAAGGAUUUUUACAGAGCACAAUCCAGAAUCUGGUAUGAGUUGGUAUUUUUCUAACAAUUUGCACACCUGUAUUUUGACAAUGAUUAUAACUUCUUUGUAAUUGGUAAUGUAAUGCACAUAUAGUAAUGUUUGACAGUGGAAAAAACUACUUUGUUUCUAAUUGGAUGUACUGUAUGUACCAUUUGGGGAUGUGAGAGGCAGAUGUACUUGUUUGAGUAUUUUAGGAUAUAACGAGGAACUGCGAGGAGACUUUUGAUAUCUCAAGGUUCGUGUUACCCCACUGAUUUGUGCAAAGUCUUUGGAGAUGAAAUUAUGUGUAUAACAAUAAAGAUGUUAUGCCUUGUUAAAGUACA